AUGAAAUUAAUCAGUAAACGUAUUAUAUCCAAGAAAUGUCAUGGUUUAUUCAAAAGAUGGAAAUCCGAUCUUGGACCACAAUCGGAUGUAUUUAAUUGUGGUCCAGAUCUGGAAGACCGAGGAAUAUGUGGUGUAGAGCCAUGUGAUCCUGAUAAAUGCUACAAAGAACCAAGGGUGGUUAUUGUUGGUGCAGGCAUGGCUGGUCUGCCUGGAGGACGAAUACUUUCUUGUUGGCUUGGUGAUAUUGUCGCUGAACUGGGUGCCAGUUGGAAAAUGAAGAAUACAGCAACACAUCCACUGUAUACCUUAUCCACUAGUGAAGAUCCACCUCGCCCUGGAGUGCCUGGUGCUGAACAUCCCCGAGGAUUAUUUAAUAGUGUUGUCUCUGGUAAAAUGGCCUUCCCUCCCAUGAUAUCAGCUUAUCAUAAAUUUCGUCAAAUCGAAGAGGAAGCCGCUCAAAUUUACUGCCUCGGCGGUAACAAACAACAAGGAUCACUCAUUAACUUUAUGAGUUUAAGAAUUCAACAGGAGCUACACGAAUAUCCCGAGGAGCAGCAACAUGAUGCUGCUCGUAUCAUGUUUGGUCUGACUCACAUGCUAAAUGCGCGAUGUGGAGACGAUAUAGGUCUACUUUGCGCUGAUAAUUUGGGUUGCUUCAUGAACAUGCCGGGAGGUGACGUCCGUGUUCCUUUGGGAUUAGUUGGUAUCCUGGCACCACUAUUAAGGCAAAUACCAGAGGGAACAAUUAGGUACUGUAAACCUGUAAAUUGUAUUUACUGGGGUACUUGUAUGAAGGCUGGCUGCCGUGCAUACGUCUACACCGCAGACGGCGAAGAGUUUCAAGCAGACUAUGUCAUUUUAACUCCAUCAAUUGGAGUACUGUGUAGUAACGCUAUAAAAUUAUUCUGUCCCGCGUUACCAGCAAAUAAGGUUGAGGCCAUAAAAUGUUUAUGCCUCGGGGCAUGCAAUAAAGUGUACCUGGAAUACUGUAGACCAUUUUGGUAUUGGCACAAAGGUGAUUUGAAUUUCAAGUUCGAGCCGGGAAAUAUUGUUGACCGCGCCGACUGGACCAGGGGAAUAAAAUCAAUUGAAAUGGUCCCCAAUAGUAAGCAUGUUCUCAGCGUCGUGGUAGACGGUCCAGAAGCGGCGGUUAUGGAGAAUCUUUGUGACAAAGACGUGGCCGAAGGUGUGACACAAAUACUUAGAAUGUUUACAGGCAAUCCGUAUAUACCGUACCCAGUAACGAUACUGCGGUCGUUCUGGUCUUCAGACCCCUACUUCUUAGGAGCUUAUUCCAGUGAUUGUGCAAAGACAGAUGGAUAUGCUCAAAGGACUUUAGCAUGUCCUGUCCCAGGACCGAGUGAACCGAUACCGCCAAUAUUGCUUUUUGCAGGCGAGGCAACGGUCGCAGGCUUAAAUGGGACAGUUGCUGGUGCCCGAUUAAGUGGAAUACGAGAAGCUGAAAGAGUCGUAAAGCUAACUCUACAGUAUAAAGGCCCGCCACUGCCUUAUAAUCCAUGCUGCACAAAUAUACCUCAACAACCACCUCUAAAGGCCUGA